AUGCCGGACAGGAGCGGCGCGACCCUGUUUGAGGACCUGCCUGCGGAGAUGAUCGACAAGAUACUCACUCAGUUGCCGUCCAAGGAUCUCGGCCGCUGUCGUGCCGUCAGCACGUCGUUGCACAGUGCCACCUCCACGUCUGAAUUCAUGCUCGAACACCACCGCUGCCAGCCGUCACGUCCCAUCAUCGACGGAAGACCACGGCCCAGCGGCCUUGUCGUCUUCCGUGACGCUGGCGCCCCUCAACAGCUCUGGACCUUCGUCUGGGACCCCGAAAUCUCUUCGAAGGAACUCCUCCAUGGUGCCUGUGAUGGCUUCCUCAUCGUCUCCCGAGGACUCCGAUUUUACAUCUGCAACCCAGCCAUCAGCAAGCAUGCUCCCCUACCGCUUCCUCAGGUUGGACCAGAGAACUACAACUCUGUGAUCGGUUUCUACCGGCACGAUCCCACUGGAGAGUACAGGGUGCUCUGGGUCUCGCACUCACAGCCAGGGUCACAAUCUAAACCCAGUUUAUACAUCAUUACAGUGGGAUCCAACAAGCCAAGGCAGGUCAGAGUGAGAAUGCCAGCAGUUUUGCCACCUUCCGCGGAACAGAAAUUACUAAAUGAUCUGCGCUCUUGGUCCUAUUAUGCACCAUCAGUCCACCAUUGUGGCGGCCUGCACUGGUGUCCUUAUGGCGCCAGCGACAUUUGGGCCUGCGGUGCAGACAUUAUUGUGUUUGACACACAAGCCGAGACAUUCCGGUGCAUCCGCAGUCCCGCCCAGUCGUGCCCUAAUAGGAAGUUGUUCCACAUGGAGGGGACCCUUGCUUUAUGGGGCGCCAGCUCGACACGUAGUUUUACCAUUAUGGAUGUCUGGGUGAUGCAGGAUUACAAGGCUCAAAUAUGGGCUUUCAAGUACCGGAUUGACCUAUCAAUGGUGGAGGCAUCACGGCGGCUCUAUUUAACUACUUUGAAAAAGAAAAAGAUAAGGCAAACACCACUUGAUUCAACGGUUGAAGAGUUCAAUGAUAUGACUGUGCUCAACGAGCGUGAGCUGCUGAUCAAGUUUAAUAAGAAACAUGUGCUACACUGGGACAUUGAUGGCAAGUUCCUAGAGAUCAUUGUUCCAAUUCUUUGUCAUGAGAUUCAAGAAGAAGACGAGGGAGUCUUCCUUCUCGACAUGUGGGUUUUAGGUAUUUUGGUUAUAAACGAGUUGAACUAUGUGCUCUCCUGGAGCAAGUGGGUUUUAGGUAUUUUGGUUAUAAACGAGUUGAACUAUGUGCUCUCCUGGAGCAAGGGUGAGCACCAAGAUUGCCAUUUUGCAUUUGAGGUUCAGAAUUCAGGCCCGGCCUCUGGCCUUUUACUUGGUGUUGUAAAACUUGGGGCCUGCCCCGCUGGUUAUAUCUAUAAAGAUUCAGGUGGGGAAGUUCUUUGUGAGACCAUCCUAACAGCAACACAGGCGGAUCUAGGGAAUGUCGACAAACUGAACCCAGACCACAUGUGGAGAGAAUGGGCUAGAAAGCCAUUUCAAACUCCACACAAGGAUUACCAACGUGUCAAGGACGCGCUCACCAACAUGGUGUUGAAAGGAUACACACAGAUUGUCCCUGAGGAGGCCGACAGAUACCCAAGCAGUCCCCUCAUUUUUCAUGUCGGAGAUCGUCUUCAUGGCCGAGGGGGUUGCACCAUCGAGUACCGCAACAUUGCAGUGUUUCUAGAUCUCUCAGAAAACCAUUGUUACGAUGGAUCUGAUAUUGCAUCAUUCUGUCUGAGGUGCAACUUUGGAAGUACACCAAUUGAGUAA